CGUAUCCUAGCAUCCGUCUUCUACGCUCUUCUUCUUCUGCUACUUAUCGGAUGGGGACGCCGGAGACUUCUCGAGAGCCCUGCCCGGACCGAAUCCUAGACGAUGUCGGCGGUGCUUUCGGCAUGGGUGCCGUUGGUGGUUCAUUCUUCCACUUCUUCAAAGGCGUCUACAACUCCCCAAAAGGCGAGCGUCUAAUCGGCGGUUCUCAAGCCGUUCGCAUGAACGCUCCCCGCGUCGGCGGCAGCUUUGCCGUCUGGGGUGGUCUCUUCUCCGUCUUCGAUUGCACGAUGGUCUAUCUCCGACAGAAGGAAGACCCCUGGAACUCCAUCAUCGCUGGCGCAGCCACCGGCGGGUUCCUCCAGAUGCGUCAGGGUUUCCCUGUGGCAUCGAGGGCUGCGUUGUUUGGCGGGGUGUUGCUUGCUUUGAUUGAAGGAGCUGGUAUCAUGCUCAACAAGGUUCUUAGUGCUUCUCAGAAUUUUCCUCCAAUGGAGGAGCCAUUACCCAGUGUACCCAAUCCGUCUAAUUUUCCUGGGUAUCCUAGUGGAAAGUUUCCGAAUCAGAAAUCGGCACCGACGCCAACUCUUGAAGCUUCAACAGAGGGGUCUUCUUCUUCGUCAUCUUGGUUUGGGGGGUUAUUUGGCGGUAAAAAGAAGCAGGAGACAGGGACUGAUAAUGGUAAUGGAAGUAAGACGGAGGUUUUGGAAAGCUUUGAUGCACCAAGUACACCAAUUCCAUCGUUUGAGUACAAGUAGAUGACUAUGGAGACUUUGUAGCGGUAGAACUGAUCUUUGAUGAGGCUGUAGCUUUGGUUGCUCAUCCAUGAUUUCCAACUUGUCCGGGUGAUAAAUGCCUGACAGGUUGAAGGAUGUUACUAGAAUAGUAGAAAACCCUUCUCAUGCUGAUAGUGCUGCUUGCUGGUGCAUCAUAAACAAAGGGUCGGGCCUCCAAACUUUUAUAGUGUUUGUGUUACAAGUACAUAAUCAAUAACCAUUUUCGCUUAGCAGUUGUCUAAGUGUAUUUGUUGUGGUGUAUAUAAUAUAGAUAGCUCCCUUCCUCCUUUUUCUUUGGGUAGGCAUGUUUAUCUUAUAGGUAGAUGGUUGAGGUCUUGAGGAAAAUUUGGGACAGUUGCUAUUA